CAGCGAAUCCCUUAUGUCCAGAAGUCUCUUGCAUGAUCUAUUGUGAGCACGGUCACGAACAGGACGAGAAUGGCUGCGAUUUGUGUAUUUGCAAAGUUCCAAAGGAGGGUUCCUGUCCUCCUGCACCUCAAGGUGACAUCGGUGGAAUUUGUUCUGAAAUGUGUUUAAACGACUAUAACUGCACAGGUUCUAUGAAAUGUUGCUCAAAUGGCUGUGGACAUGCUUGUAUGGAGCCUGUUAUGCCUCAGUGUUCAAAAGUGAUGUGCAGGAUGAGGUGUCUGAAGGGCUUCAAGAAGGAUGAAAAUGGCUGUACAAUCUGCGAGUGUUUGGAAUAAUAGACAAAUUAUCCACAACAAAGACGUAUCUGGUAUCAUCACAGCAUUUUUCUUUACCAUUUUGUCUACAAUAUUGAUUGUGAUUGCCGUGCAAACAUAAAAAUACGCAAUCCUAAGAAUAACAUGCGGUAGCGACAACGAUGUGACAAUUUGUAUCAUUAUAUUCAAAUAUUUGAAUUGUUGAAAAUCUACUUUGAAAUUACUAACCUCAGAUUGGAAUAAAAGUAUAACUAAUGAAUUAUAUCCUUGAUACUGCUAAUGAAUGUAAUGUUAUUUUCUAUAUAUAAUUAUGCUUCUGUUUCAAAUCAGUACAUAAUAAAUUAUUCUACUUGCAGCAUA